ACCGUGUUAAUAGGACUAGUAAAACAACAUCACUACACAACACUCAGACAAAACCCAUUACUCCUAUACUCUUGUCCAAAUCCUUCUCUUCAUUAUCUCACUUCACCAAUUUUUAUCCUCCUCCUCCUUGACCCACCACCACCCGACCACCACCGCCGCCGCCCUUUUCAAUAUCCUAUUCAUAUUCCAAUUUCUACCUGAUACCGAAUUAAAAAGAUCACUACUUUUUUCAAUUUCACUGAAAAAUCACUACUUUAAACUCAAAAUUCAUUACCCCCACCAAUGAAAGAUUAUAAUUUCUUUAAAAAGUAAUCAAUUCUUUAUUCUCUUUAACUUUAUUUUUGAAAAAUUCUUCCAAAAAUUUCAUUUCUUUAAAAAAAAUCAAAAAAGAAAUCGUGUUCUUGUUCUUGAACUGAACAACCAUGGAGCCACCGGAGAAUUACAGCGGCGGAUUUGAAGAAGCGGAGAAGAUUAUUCUACGGUGGGAUUCAACAGCAUCAGAAGAAGCCAGAGAAAAAAUGAUAUUCGAAGGAGAUAGAGAAGAAGUAGAUCGUUACUUAAAAGCAAUUGACCAACUUUCCAUUUCCGACGACCAAGAUAAAGUCAACUCCGGCACCAUUCAGAUCGCCAUGGCUCGUCUCGAAGACGAGUUUCGUAACAUUCUACUCAACCACACAACCCCCGUCGAGCUAGACUCACUCGCCGCGGCUGAUCCGAGUUCUUCAGGCUCAGGAGCUGAGUUUCUUGAUGAUCUUGAUCAAGAAAAUCAAGAUAAUCAAGAUCCGAUGAAACGGGUUGAUUCAACUGCGAGUAAUAGCAGUACUAGUUACAGAUCAACCAGUAGUAUCCGGGAGAUUGAUCUGAUUCCUCAAGAUGCAGUGUCUGAUCUUCAGUCAAUUGCUGUACGGAUGGUCUCUUCUGGGUACUUGAGAGAGUGUAUUCAAGUGUACGGGAGUGUGAGAAAAUCGGCUGUGGAUGCAAAUUUUAAGAGAUUAGGGGUUGAAAAGCUGAGUAUUGGAGAUAUUCAGAGGCUUGAAUGGGAUGCCUUGGAGACCAAGAUUAGGAGAUGGAUUAGGGCUGCUAAAGUUUGUGUUAGAAUCUUGUUUGCUAGUGAGAAAAGAUUGUGUGAGCAGAUUUUUUAUGGGAUUGGUACUUCGGUUGAUGAUGCUUGUUUUAUGGAGACUGUUAAAGGUCCUGCUAUUCAGUUGUUUAACUUUGCUGAAGCUAUUAGUAUUAGCAGAAGAUCUCCUGAGAAAAUGUUUAAGAUUUUGGAUUUACAUGAUGCUUUGAUGGACUUAAUGCCUGAUAUUGAAGUCGUUUUCGAGUCGAAAUCGGCGGAUUCGGUUCGUGUUCAAGCUGCUGAGAUUUUGUCUAGGUUAGCUGAGGCUGCAAGAGGGAUUUUAUCUGAGUUUGAGAAUGCUGUUCUUAGGGAACCUAGUUUGGUUCCUGUGCCUGGUGGGACAAUUCAUCCUUUGACUAGGUAUGUGAUGAAUUAUAUCAGUUUGAUUUCGGAUUAUAAGAUGACUUUGAUUGAGUUAAUUUUGUCGAAACCUUCAACUGGUUCGAGAUAUUCUGGUGAUGCAACUACACCAGAUAUGGACUUUGCUGAGUUAGAUGAGAAAACUCCAUUAGCUCUUCAUUUGAUUUGGAUUAUUGUGAUAUUGCAAUUCAAUUUGAAUUCUAAGUCUAAGCAUUACAAAGAUGUAGCAUUAGCACAUUUGUUUAUGAUGAACAAUGUGCAUUAUAUUGUUCAAAAGGUUAAAGGCUCGCCCGAAUUGCGAGAAAUGAUCGGUGACGAUUACCUUCGAAAGCUUACCGGGAAACUGCGGCAAGCUGCAACGAGUUACGAGAGAGCAACUUGGGUUAGGGUGUUAUAUUGCUUGAGAGAUGAAGGUUUACAUGUGAGUGGAGGUUUUUCGUCCGGGGUAUCGAAGAGUGCGUUACGCGAGAGGUUUAAGACCUUUAAUGCUAUGCUUGAAGAAGUUCAUAGGACUCAAUCGGCGUGGUUUGUCCCCGAUAAUCAACUACGAGAGGAGCUUCGAAUUUCUAUAUCGGAGAAGUUGAUUCCGGCUUACAGAUCGUUUCUUGGGAGGUUCAGGAGUCAUAUAGAAAGCGGAAGACAUCCCGAGAACUAUAUGAAAUACUCCGUCGAGGAUUUGGAAAACGCGGUGUUGGAUUUCUUCGAGGGGUUUUCGGUUUCUCUCCACUUGAGGAGGAGAUCUCAGUAGAGAAAUUGGGAGAUAGUAUGAGUUUUGCCAGCUUAUGAAAUAGGAAACAUUCUUUGAAUUUUUUGUGGGGUGUUUAGGUGAAUGAGGUGCUGGUUGGUCACUGUGGGGCUAGCCGGCGGGCUGCGAUUCGUCGCGGCAUCACUGGCUAAAACUGAAAAUUUGUGUGCAGAUUUGAAGGGGUGAAGUUGAAAAAGAACAAUUGGCUCUGAACCUGAAUGCUUUCCACACUGUAAGCUAUUAUGCUGUUUGAUUUGUUAGUCUUUUGUUUACCACAUUUUAGAUUUUUGCUUCAUUUGUUCAUAUCAGAAUUGUUUUAUGUGUGAUUUUUCUUAAUAUUUUUGAAGCUGAAUUUCUAUUUAGCUUCAAUUUUUAUUGCUACAAAUGUCAUAUUGUGAUCUUAAGUCCAAUUUAUAGUUGGAAUCUAAUACUAUACAAAUGAUUCAGUUUA